AUGGAAUCGUACAGCGCCUCUUGUGCAGAGACAGACAACACCUUUCGCCUGUACGCGCUCUCCUGUCGGGGUGGCUUUGAUUUCACUCUCCUAUUUGAAGAGACCAUCCUCGCAGUCCUCCCGCUGGCCCUGCUGGUCCUCGUGGUCCCGUUUCGUGUUUUCUACCUUUUCAGGAGGCCCAGAAAGGUUGUACAUAGCGUGUUGCUGCCUCUGAAAAUUGCAACUUACGCUGGGCUGGGCGCCACCCAACUGGCCCUUCUGACGCUCUGGACUCUGCCCUCUUCAGAGAGAACAAGGGCUUCUAUUCCGAUACAAGCAGUGACGCUCGCGGCCACUCUGGUAUUUAGCUUGCUUUCGUACUAUGAGCACACCCGCGCCGUCCGUCCUUCCUUCUUGUUGGACGUCUACCUCUUCUUCACGCUUGUCUUCGAUGUCGCCCGCUCCCGGACGUUGUGGUUGCGCCAAACAGAUGACUACAACAAGACCAUUGCCAUUGUCUUCACAGUGGCCGUGGGGUUGAAGCUGGUGGCCCUGUUGCUGGAGUCGGUGGAGAAGCGAUGGAUCCUUCGUUCGGAGUACAAGGCUUAUCCACCGGAAGCCACAGCGAGUAUAUUCACCAGGAGUUUCUUCUGGUGGUUAAACCCACUUCUUGCAAGAGGCUUCUCGAAGCUGCUCUCGGUGGACGACCUUUUUUUCCUCGACAAGCAGCUCCUGUCUGAACGAGUUCAUUCAAGAAUGGAGGCUGCAUGGGCCAAAGGUUCUGACCCAUCAUUAGUGACGCAGAAAGGGCCCAAUUCCCUGUUCCUUGUCUCACUAAAAACGCUGAAGUGGCCCCUUUUAGCCGUCAUUCCUCCACGAGCCUGUCUGAUCGGGCUGAACUUCUGCCAACCUCUCCUGAUGAACAGAGCAGUUAUCCUUUCCGUGGAUGAUGUCACGCCCUGGACAACACAUGUCGGUUAUGGGUUGAUCGGUGCCUAUAUCAUUGUCUACGUGGGCUCGGCGAUCACAAUGGGUCAAUAUCAGCAUCUGACAUACCGAGCUGUUACUAUGGUUCGAGGAGGACUUGUUUCCAUGCUCACCCGCAAGACAACGCACUUAAGUGCGCGUGAUAUUGAUCCGGCGGCGUCACUGACCCUAAUGAGCGCCGACAUUGAGCAGAUUGUUCAAGGCUGGCAGACUAUGCAUGAGAUUUGGGCCAAUUUGGCCGAAAUCGCUGUAGGAAUCGUCCUCCUCGAGGGACAGCUCGGUGUCUCUUGCGUCGUUCCAAUCGGUGUGUCAUUGGUUUCGCUUGUUGGGUCGAUCAUCGUGUUAGGGUUUGUAGUCUCCCGCCAGUCGCUCUGGCUGGAAGCCAUCGAAAGGCGCAUCUCCUCAACGACCGCCAUGCUUGGCUCGAUGAAAGGUAUCAAAAUGACAGGCUUAAAAGACAUACUGUUAAAGAGCCUGCACGGUCUUCGGAUUGAGGAGUUGACUAUCUCCAAAAGGUUCAGGCGCAUCUUAAUAUGGAAUAUGGCUUUCGGAUAUUUGACGCAGAUCUUUGCUCCGAUCAUCACAUUUGCCGCUUUUGUGGCCAUUUCUCACAACAGAGGCGACAACGUCGCGCUCGACACGGCGCGAGUAUACACCUCGCUGUCGAUCUUUGCGCUAUUGACAGAGCCACUAGCGUCCCUUGUCAUGUCUCUGUCGGCGUUCAUGGGGUCUGUCGGCUGCUUCAAUCGUAUCCAAACGUUUCUAGAUAAAGAUGUUCUUGUUGAUAACAGGGCGAUGUCUUCGUUAGGAGGGUCGGAGGAAUCGCUUCUGAAAAACGAGACGAAAAGUGAGAUGGGCCUGAAUAUGUCCGAAAAGUCCAGCAUCAUAACUAGCGAUGCUGAAAUCCUGAAGCAAUCGACGCUGAAGAAGUCGAACGAUCUACGGUCGAGUGAUGCCAUUACAGUCUACCAAGCCGAUUUUGGAUGGGAUCGCGAGAAGACACCCCUUUUGAAAUCCAUCACCGUGACGGUACCGGAAAGUAGAUUGACCAUGAUCGUCGGUCCUGUUGGCUGCGGCAAAUCCACCCUGCUGAAGGCAAUCCUGGGUGAAGUGCCCUGCAUGGCAGGCUCGGUGCACCUGUCGUCCGAUCGCGUCGCAUUCUGCGAUCAGACCCCAUGGCACAUGAAUGAAACCAUCCGAAAUAGUAUAGUCACCACUAGCGACUUCGAUGAGCAAUGGUACGCCACUGUCAUCCAUGCGUGUGCCCUGGAGGAAGAUCUUCGUCAGCUUCCUCGCGGAGAUCAGACAAUGAUCGGGAGCAAAGGUGUCGCACUCAGCACGGGACAGAGUCAACGAGUGGCAUUGGCUAGGGCCGUGUACGCUAAAAAGGAGAUUAUCAUUCUUGACGAUCCAUUCAGUGGACUCGACACGUCUACAGAGAAUCAUAUAUUCCAUAGCCUGAUCGGCAAAUCCGGUAUCUGGCGUCGUUUUAACUCGACAGUGCUUAUCGCCUCCUCGUCUGCCAAACGCCUCCCUUACGCCGAUCACAUUGUCGUCCUAAACGCAGAAGGCAGGAUCGCGGAACAAGGGAACUUUCACGUCCUCUCUGCGACUGGGGGCUAUGUAUCCAGCUUCAACCUGCCGCGCCCGGACUGGGAUUAUUGCGUGGAGGAGUCGACAUUGAAAACGGUGCCCAAGCCCACUGCAGAUCAGAAUACGAUCCAGACGAGUGAGGAUUUCGAGGCAGAGGCCAACAGGCAGACUGGCGAUUUUUCGAUAUACCGCUAUUACCUGGGGUCCGUCGGAUGGCUCCCUAUUAUGAUUUUUGUGGUGUGCAUCUCGUCUUUCAUCUUUUGCAUUUCGUUCCCAAGCAUCUGGUUGAAGUGGUGGGCUGCAUCCAACGUGCAGUAUCCAUACGAGCAAACGAACUACUAUCUAGGGAUAUAUGUUAUGCUAGGCGUGCUUGCACUGAUCUCCCUGAUCAUCAGCUGCUGCGCUCCGACUACUUUCUUUUCCACCACCGAUACUGGUGUGACACUCAACAGGUUUAGCCAGGAUCUCCAACUGAUCGAUAUGGAUCUGCCGGUUGCCGCGCUUAACACCUUUGCAAAAACUAACGAAUCGUUCUUGGCCACAGCUUUUGUCCUUUGCAUUGCGCAAACGACCCUGAUUGGCGUCGCGUCACCGUACACCGCUAUCUCAUUCCCAUUCGUGAUAAUCGCGCUCUACUUUAUUCAGAAAUUCUAUCUGCGCACUUCCCGCCAACUCCGGUUCAUGGACCUCGAGGCCAAAGCGCCGCUAUACUCCCAGUUUACGGAAUGCCUCAGCGGUCUAGUGACGAUCCGGGCAUUUGGAUGGCAAAAGGCCAUGGAGGAGAAGAGUCGCAAACUGCUCGACCGUUCCCAGCGACCUUUCUACCUGCUCUUUGCCGUCCAGCGCUGGUUGACGCUCGUUCUGGACCUGGUGGUCGCUGCCAUCGCGACCAUCCUGAUCAUCCUCGUGGUCAAACUGCGCGGAACCAUCAGUGCAGGCUACGUGGGCGUUGCCCUUCUGAAUAUCAUCCAAUUCAGCCAGAGCAUCAAGAUGCUCAUCACAUUUUGGACGAAUCUUGAAACGCACAUUGGGGCGAUUGCGCGUGUCAAGGUGUUCAAUGAGAGCGUUCAGUCUGAAGAUCUGCCGUCUGAAAACAACCCUGUUCCGCCCUCGUGGCCGUCUCAGGGAGCAAUCGAGUUCAAGUCUGUGUCUGCUGGAUAUAGGGCUUCCGAACCUGUCGUGCAAGAUAUCACGCUGUCGAUUCAGAGCGGUGAGAAGAUUGGAAUCUGUGGACGGACAGGAAGUGGCAAGAGCUCUUUAAUCCUGACCAUCUUCCGCAUGAUCGAGCUCUCCUCCGGAUGCAUCACCAUCGACGGCGUGGAUCUGUCGACGAUCCCUCGCCAGGAGAUCCGAUCACGGAUCACCGGAGUCGCGCAAGAUCCGUUCCUGAUCAAGGGCAGUGUACGGCUGAAUGCGGACCCGGGCAGCUCUUGCACGGACGAGGCGAUCCGCGACGCGCUGAAGAGCGUGCAGUUGCUGCCUGUCAUCGAAGAGAAGGGCGGGUUGGACGUCGACAUUGAAGAGCUGCAUCUCUCGCACGGGCAGAAACAGCUCUUCUGCCUGGCACGCGCGAUGCUCCGGCCGAGCACGAUUCUCGUCCUGGACGAAGCUACCAGCAACGUCGACAGCAAAACCGACGAGAUCAUGCAGCGCGUCAUCCGGGAGAAAUUCUCCAACCACACGAUACUCGCCGUAGCGCACAAGCUGGACACGAUCCUGGACUUCGACAAGGUCGCCAUGCUGGAAGGCGGCCGACUGAUCGAGUUCGACGACCCGUACACGCUGCUCUCGAGCGACUCGGCUUUCAACAGGCUGUACACGCAUGCGGUUGCGGAGGAAGAGGAAGAAGAAGAGUCCGAAGAGGCGAGUCGGUUGUUGGAUCGCGUGGAGAUUGUGUCUGUGUCUGCUACGCCGGUGCUGGCGCCUGUUGGGGAGGGGGAUGAGGAUGAGAAGUGUAGUGUAUGUACAGUACUGUACGUGGAUCAAUUAUUACUUGAUCUCACUUAUUAUUACUCUUUUCCAUUCCACCUACAUGUAUAUAUGUACAUUCCUGUACGCUUCUACUAUAUACAACAGGACAGUACAGUAAGUACUAACUACGACUUCUUGGUUAAUACUGAAAAGAUCAUUAUUCAAAUUCACCCACUCAUGUAA